UCGAUAAUACAAAUUUAGUGCGUCAAAAAAGUAAAAUAAGACAGCUUGAGGUUUUCUAAUAAAAAGUGGGUUAAGAGAAUCUUGUUAAAACUAAGUUCAGCCGAGUUUCAAAAGUUAAAGACACAAUAGGUUGAUAUUAUUAUAAAUAAUCUUAGCUCUGCUAAACAGAAAUUAAAAACAUUAUAAAUUACCCACAAACAGUUUAAAAGAAGGCAAAAAAUGUUGGAAAGUAAAACACAUAGUGAGUCACACAAAAAGGACGUCAAUACAAAUUCCAUUCUACUAUUAGUCACUGCAAAUGUAGGAAGUCUUUUCGAAGAUCCUCUGACAUUGAUGCAGAUUUGGGUUGACGAAUUUCUAACAACAGCAAGGCAAAUAUGUCCACAUUUCAUAGCACUCCACUUACAGGAAGUGGGCGGUAAAAUAUAUGACAAAUCUUCAAAUCAAGUUAAACGGUUUGUCGAAUUACUCUGUGAAGGGCUCGAGAAGCAGCAAUUUUUCAUUUUCCGCAUAUAUAUGGAUGAAAAUAUCAACGCCAGUGAACAGUUUACGGCUUUGGGAAAUUUAUAUUUCUGUCACCGAACUUUAGUCCGGAGCUGUAUCUGGAAUUUUGAAAUAAAUUCGUGGGAGCCCACUCAAAGAGCUAAGAAAUAUUUCGGAAACAUUGAGACCAUACCCACAAAAGAGAAAUCGAAAUUUCCGCUAGAGUUUUUCCCAGAUAGUAAAUGGUCAAGAAAAGGAUUUAUGAGAACACGCUGGAAUAUUGACGGGACUAUCGUAGAUUUUGUGAAUAUACAUUUAUUUCAUGAUGCGUCUAACUUAACUGCAGUUGAAAAUUCUCCUUCAGUUUAUUCUCAAAUGCGGAGAAAAGCAUUAUUACACACUUUGCAAAGGUUUUAUAACGAUAAGAACAACGAACCUGUGCCAUAUUUUCUAUUCGGCGACUUCAAUUUUCGAUGUGAUUCUGCUUCCGUAAUCAAGGAAUUGACAAGAAAUUUAACGAAACAUCGUGCAUCGACCACCAAUGCGAACAGCUCAAAAGUAUUUUAUCGGAAUGAGAUUGGAGAAAAUGUUUUAAUUAUCGGGAAAAAAGAAUUUCACUACGUUGAAAAUCAAGGAAUGAUUAAGGACAACUGGUUAAGCAAAUAUGAUCGAGAUCCGGAACCUUUCAAUGAUAUUUUAUGUGAGUUUGAGUUCGAUUUUAAGCCUUCAUAUCCAUUUGAAGAGGACCCAGAAUUGCCAAAUCAAUACAUGAAAACAAGGUGCCCAGCAUGGUGUGAUCGCGUUUUAAUGAGUUCACAAAUACCAGAAAUUUCUUCUCCCAAGAAAGCCUAUGAACAGUACAAUACAAUGGGCAAGUCCAUCUGCAUGGGGGAUCAUAAGCCGGUGUAUUUAUAUGUCGAAAUGAAAUCAAACAAAGAUUCACGGUGGAAGAACCAAUGAAGCGAAAUUAUCCCGUACAAUGAACAAACUGUAAGGAAUUCGGUCACACAAAAUCCCACUCUGCUUUACAUACCGUCUGCAUAGCAUGUGGCGAUCUUCACCAUUCUACCAAGUGGCUGUUGAAUAAAACGGAUGCAACACAAAAAUAGUGUAGCAACUGUGGUGGCAACUACGGUUUAUGAAGAUUUAAAAUCUAAACUUACCCAAGGUAUACAAGCAAAACGCAACCAGCUCCCAUAUGCUACUUCCAUUCCAGCCCCUUCCAACUUACCCAGCUCAAAUUCUGGUUCUGCCGACGUGCUAAAAGCCAGUGAACCGACCCCACCAGCUAUUCAUUCCAGUACUGGAGUUGAGGUCGUGUUUUUUAAUCUAAUCCAGUGCAUGAUACAAUUGAUAUCAACCAUGCAAAGUAUGGAUUAAGAUCUAAUAAAAGCGCAAAAGCAAAUGCUUGAAGCCCUGAUCACCGAAAAUGAGUGAGCUCAGGAUUUGUUUAUGGAAUGCUAAUGAUGUAAACCAGUAUAAACCUCCAAUUAUUUUUACAGAUUCACGAAAUUGAUGUUAUGCUUUUAUUCGAAAGGCUUCUUACUGAUGAGCAUAACUUUUAUAUCUCUGGGUUUAAGUUGUAGAAUACUAAUCACCUAGAUGGUAAGCACAUGGAGGUAUUAUACUCAUAAGGAGCCGCUUAAAGGAAAGUUUUCUUCACUCUUUCUCAGCAAACAUUUUUCAGUCAACUUAGCUCAUUCUUAAGAAUAGAGGCUUCGAUUUACUGCCCGCCACGCUUCAUAAUAACACAAAAACAAUUUACCGACUUUUUCAAGACUCUGGAAGAUAGAUUUUUAGUAGGAAGCAUUUAUAUUGGGGUUCGAGAUUAAUUAAUCCAAAAGGACGGCAGUAAUACAAAGCGAUCAUAAGUACCAAAAUAAAUACAAUUUUAUCUCACAACUCAGUAGCCUACAGACGCUGGGAAAUUACCUGACUUCAUUGACUUUGCAGUCACUAAAAACGGAGAGUUCAGUAUUUGCCGAAACUUAUGCUGACUUAUCUUGAUCAUUCCUCAAUAAUAUUAAAUUGACCGAACUACCAACUGAAAAUAAGCAUAUUUUUCGACUUGCUACGUUCAGAACUAACUGGCUUAAAUAUAAAACAUACAUAAGCAGUCAUCUACAGACAAAUCGGUAAAUAUAGAGGGAAUCUGAAAUUGAAAACGAGUUAUUUGUGUUCAGCAGUAUGCUGGCAACAGCAGCAACUGUAGCAACACCAGAGCAGGAAACAAAACCAAAAACCAGAAUCAUAAGACAUAAAAAAUUUUAUAAUGUCUUCUCUCUCAACGUUUAACCAAAGAAAUCGCUUUGGAGAGCUAACAAAACCCAUAAACCACCUGUAAGCACUGAAGCUCCGCUGAGGCUACGUAACGGUUCAUUGUUCAGUUCUUUAUUUCGACAUAAUCCGUUAUCGAUAUUGCACCUUUACCACCACACUUAUGUGUUCUUGGAUCAAUAUUGUAUAUUUUGUUCACCUCAGACAUUCCUGCAAAUGACAAAGUAAUGACAUUAACUUUUGCGGAUGAUACUGCUAUACUAAGUGGGCAUAAAUGGCCCAUUACUACUAUUUGAAGAACAGCUAGUGGAAUGGGGCAUAAGAGCAACACACAACCUUUACAUUAAGGCCAAAAUGUGCCCUAUCUUCAAGCUGAACAAUGUGCCUAUCCCACAAGCUAACGAAAUCACUUACCUUGGUAUACACUUGAAUAGCCUACUAAUUUGGAAAUGACACAUUUCAGCCAAAAAGUGCAGCUGAAACUAAUUAUCCGUUUAUAUUGGCUUUAAGAAAGAAAUAGGGGCUUAGCCUUGAAAACAAAGUCCUUUUUCAUAAUGCGAUUGUAAAACUGACAUGGAUGUAUAAAGUCCAGGGGUACAGCUUGCGCGAGAAAUCUAGAUAUAAUACAAAGAUUUCAGUCGAAAACAUUGAGAAUAAUAGCAGGUGCAUCAUGGUACAUUCGUUAUGAGAAUAUCCAUAUAGACCUAUACAUACGCACAAUCAAAGAAGAGAUUGAAACCGUUGCAAAAAGCAA